CGAUCUUGUAAUUUAUUUAUUGAUCCAGAAUAGAAAGAGAAAAAGCGAAAACAAUUAACACCAUUUAACCCAUGUACGGCCCACGCAAGAGAUCCAUUUCCACCGCCUUACCAACACCGACAGACUCGGUCGGCGAUGAUCUUUGUAUACCACCUAAAAGACGAAUUCGGCCGAUCAUCGUAUGUUUACGGUGCAAGCAGCAAAAACUCAAAUGCGAUUUGGAAAAACCCUGUGGGGCAUGCAAGCGGGCACUCCUAGGGAACGAGUGCGUGUAUAAUCCUUUCCCCAGCGAGACGGAGCAAACUAAGCGGCGGGACGUUGAGCACAGACGAGAUGGCUCUUCCGGCAAUGAAAGUACGAAUGUGUUGGAGAACAGAGUGAAGCAACUGGAGAAGCAAGUCUCCGACCUAUUGGCGCAACCUUCCCAUUCGCAAUCACCUAGCAUACAAUCCCACUCUAGCCCUAAUGCCACCGCUGACGACUGCUGGCGUUCCCUUCUCUCUUCUCUCCCACCGCUUCCAGGAUGCGAAGAAUUUCUUGAGCAUUUUGCUCAAUUUGACAUCAUGUUUGGUACGACACAUAUGCCGUCCUUCAGACGGCGGGCGCUGGAUGUGCUGAGCCGACUACCUGGUCAUGUCGAUAUUAGAGAAGGCUCGUUAUUGUGCGGUGUAUUCGCUGCCCUGGCUAUCGGGGCGAGAUACACCAAAAAGAUCCCCGGAAAGAUAGAGAUCCCUCCGGAAACCCAACAUGUGGAUUUUGAUGAUCUUUAUAAUCGGGUAAUGCUUUUCAUCGAGAGUAAAUCUGGCAUAGACCAUAUCUGUUUGGAUUAUGUCCAUGCGCUUCAUCUGCAAGUCAUACGGUAUCUGUAUGAUAAAGGCACUUCAGUAGCACAGUCGUGGAUCUGGAUGGGGAAAGUGCUCCAUGCGGCAUUGUAUCUUCAACUGGAGAGGGAACCGACAGAAUUAGAUCCCAAGAUUGAUCCCUUCGAAGCGGAAAUGAGGAGACGGGAAUGGUGGCAGAUAGUCAUUUCAGAUGGCUUACUAGCAAACAAUCUGGGUGUCAAAUCCAUGGUAUCUUCCAUUGAAACCACCGUUCGACUGCCGGAAACUAUGCCCGAUGAUUCCCUUGACGGAUCCUCGAGAAGCUUCUCUGCCGAUGUCAUGCCCGAACGGUCGUUCAUCAGUGCCAAAAUUCGCUUCAUUCCUACCCUCUCAAAGAUCAAUGAGCUCAGAAGAAAAUACGAUAACGAGCCUCCUGUUGUAAAACUUGACGAAUGUCUUCAAGAAUUAGACAGCUACACAGACUCACUCGAACCGCAUCUUCGAGUAGACCGCGUUCCUGGGAUCAACGAACCCCCCUGGGUCUAUCCUCGGGCUUGUGUCAUAUCGAUGGGCACAGAUUACCUCGCGCUGCAACUAUUACGCCCCGUCAUGCGCUCUGAAUGUCCGGGUAUUCGUACAUAUGCUUCUGUCAACGCCCUCCUUCGUGCCCGUAACCUCAUCAUCACCUCGAAAUCAUAUAUCAAUCACCUCCUUUUCAGAUGGUCUGAUGGUCAUGCUCUCAACCUCUGGACAUUUGGAGUCAAAGUCUUCAACUCGGGGGUCGUCAUGGCUUUUAGUCUUUUAUCAUCCCAUGAUGCAGAGCAUGAGUAUACUAUCCCCAGGGAUGAGAGGCUGGGGCAUCUGGACACAGCAAUUGGGGCAUUAGGGAUGAUGACCAGUGAAGAAGUAGAGGGAGGUCUGAAUUUUAGGGCUUUGCAAGGGUUGAGGGCGUUGCGCGCAAGAGCUGUCGCUGAUGAUCAACACCAGGAUCAGGUAGAUGACGAAGCAGUUACCGAUCCGUAUACAGAGAGAGACGUGACGAUGCCUGAUCGUCCUGGCAGGGUCGUAGACCAGGGGACGGAAAAAUAUGAUGUAGACAAUCAGGACUGGAUAUUCCCUCCUGAUCUGAAUUGGAGUGACUGGGAAUCAUUUGAAUCCAUGCUCUGGCAAUAGAUACUUAUUUACUUAGAACUUAGAAGGCAUCGUACAUUACGUAAUACUGUG